CCCGCCCAAUGGCCGCGGGGCAUGCCCAUAGAGCAGCGCGGAGAUUGCCUGGGCAGCCCGAUCGUGUACGCCCCGGUCAAAGCCGAUCUAGCCGGGAACAUCAAGAAAAUACGAGCUGUUUAUGACUCGAACCCGACCAAGUUCAAGACGCUGCAGAACAUCCUGGAGGCGGAGAAGGAGAUGUACGGGUCGGCCUGGCCCAAAGUCGGGGCGACUUUAGCCCUCAUGUGGCUGAAGAGGGGCCUGAAGUUCAUCCAGGUGCUGCUGCAGAGCUUGUGCGAUGGCGAGCGGGACGAGGAGAACCCCAACCUCAUCCGGGUCAAUGCCACCAAGGCCUACGAGCUGGCCCUGCGCAAGUACCACGGCUGGAUGCUCCAGAAGCUCUUCCUGGGGUCUCUGUAUGUUCUCCCGUACAAAUCAGACUUGCUGAAAGCUCUAGAAAAGGGCAAAGAGGUGAAGGAGGAGGAGACCCUGGAGAAGAUCCACCAGUUCCUGCAGAAAGCGACGCCUGUCCUGGAUGCGAUUUUCGAAAUGUAUACAAAAAUGAACGCCGAACUGAACUACAAAGCUUGAUGCCGACGGGGGCCCCUUGGCCGAGCGGUGGGGGGGUGCCCAUCUCCCUCCAGUGAGGGGUCCCCGACCCCUGCCUGCCCCGGGGGAGCCCUCGGUCUUGGGACGCUCUCCUGCCCACGUGGCAGCCACUCCAGCCACUUCUCCCGCCUCUCCGAUUUCUCUGGACACCUUUGCCCCCUCUAGUCAGGAACUGGAGCCUUGACACUUUAAUUCCUCCACUUUAAAUCCGUGUAGUGGAUUUAUUUGAAGCCCGCCUUGGGAACUCCGGCAGCAGCGCUUAGCUAACCGGUCCCGUUUCCCACCUGCACACACGUUUCCACUGAGAAUGUAUUUCCUCUAACCUGCGCACGGGUUGUGCUUCCUGUCGGGCCACGUGCGAUGCCGUCCGGGCCGCUGGCUGGCGGGGCGAGCAGCACGUCCGGCAAGGUGAGCGCGGCUGCUUUGCUCGAGGCCCGGCCUGCGCCGACCUUCCUGAGUGACAUUUUAACCUCCGGGGAGUCAAAGCGCGUCCGCCUCCCUUCACAGCUCUUUUCUUCAGGGACGACCAGCCUGCAGCUUCGAACGACCUGCCAUUUUUAACCUGUUGUUGCUUUUAAAGAGAUGCUGGUUUCUGAGUCACAAAAACCAUUUGGGGCCUUAAGGGGGUUCAGUAUUUUUUUAGAGUAGUAACGGGAAACCAAAGAAUCAAAAUAAAGUCUGACAAGGGGA